AUGAAAUCUGCGCCUGUUGAAACAACUGAUAUUGCACAAUCUUUUCCAUCUCCAUCUACGUCUUCGAGUAUUCAAAUUCCAAAUAUUCAAGGAAAUUCCGAAUUAACAACCAUUGUUAUAAAUAAUGUAAAUGACGAAAAUGAAUGUUCAAUAAACUCCGAUUUAUCAGAGGCGAUACAUUCGAUGACCUUAGGAGAUCAUUCAAAUGACAAAGCUUUCUUUACUAGUGCAUUGAAUACAUCAGAUAAAAUUUUUAUUAUUUCUAAAGGACCAUGCCAACCAGAUGGUCCAUUUCCAAAAAAAAAUAUUGUUUACUGUCAACCAUGUUGGAUAUUUUGUACGUCGAGUUCAUGGACUAAUGGUAUUAAUGAUUGGAUACGUAUAUCGGAGAAAAUUAAAUUACAUGAAAAAAGUUUAUCUCAUAUAAAUGCUUGUCUUACUGCAGACCGGUGGGAAAAAAAUAAUACAUUAUCUGAGGAUUUAAAAUCUCAAAUUAACAUAGAAGUUGGAUUUUGGAGACAAGUAAUAAAACGUAUUAUAAAUGUAACAUUGACGUUGGGGAUUCAAAAUUUAUCAUUUAGAGGCCAUAAUGAAAAAAUGAAUAGCGAAAACCGUGGUAACUUUUUAGCAAUCAUUGAUCUUCUUGCGAAAUAUGAUCCUGUAUUAUCAGAACUUUUACAACGAGGACCUAAAAAAAUCAGUUAUUUAAGUCCCACGAUACAAAAUGAGAUAAUUGAUAUGCUUUCCGAAUGUGUGAAAAAAUCUAUUAUUUCUGACGUCCAAAAAGUUCCUUUUUUCUCAUAUAUAACUGAUACCACACAAGACAUUAGAAAACAAGAUCAAAUGAGUCAAAUAAUUCGUUACGUAGUCAUUGAAAAAAACGAAGAUAAUAAACCGAUUAAACUUAGAAUUGAAGAAUCAUUCCUUGGAUUCUGUUUAUUGAAUGAUCAUUCAGCAUCAGGAUUUUCCGAUAAAAUUUUAGAAAAUAUAAAAAACUAUGGAUUAGAUAUCGGUAAAUUACGUGGACAAGGCUACGGCGGUGCAGCUGUUAUGGCUGGAGUUUAUAAUGGAGUUCAAACUAAAAUAAAAGCUCAUUGUCCACUUGCAGAGUAUAUUCACUGUAAUGCCCAUAAUUUAAACUUGGUUUUAAAUGAUACUAUGAAUGCCUCAAUUGAAAUUCAAAAUUUUUUUGCCAUCAUCCAAAAGUUAUAUGUUUAUUUUGCGUUAAGUGGAAAACGUUGGAAAAUUUUAACUGAAAUUUUACCGGUUGGUGGAGUUACACUUAAAAAGAAUAUUUUACAGAAGCUACAAAUCUUUCAAGAAAAUGGGGCAUAG